AUGUCUACCUUUUCCUUGGAUUAUAUCAAAAGAUACUUCACGGGCCGUGUAUCCUCUGGAGAGCCUGCCUCUGCCUUACUUGUCGAACGCCUUGAUGAUACCCGUAAUAUAGACGAGACCGAGAAGACCCUUCCCUGUUGGCCUUGCACCGUUCCUUCUAUUCCAUCUUGUUCGUCCUCCAGCCCUGUUGUCAUUGCACGCCAAUCACGGCCAUACUCGGAGGAAACAUACCUUACUCCCGCAGAUGAGUCUACCUGCGAGCAGGAUCUCGAGAGUAUUGUGGAUGCUGGCUAUACUUUAGAUAGCUCGGAGGUACUCAAUUCCGUUGGUGAUGAAGAAGAGGUUGGGAUUCAGGCAUUGGAUAUUCGAGAUACGAAUGCUUGCCCUUGUGCUAAUCCUUCUCUUCUUGUUCCCUGUAGUGCAUACUCCAGCUCUGCUUUUUGUGCAGGCGAAUCAAGCACGGAGAAAAUUUUCUUCACCGGAACUGAGUCUGAAAUAGAAGAAAUAGAGGAUAUUAUGGAUGAAAACCAAAGUGCAGACAACACGGAGAACACUCGUUUCUCAAGUUGUCAUGAAACAUAUCCUAUUCCAUAUUCAACCUCUAAAUCUGUCGUCGUUGCACCCGAGUCGGACUCAGAGCAAUCCUCCUUCACCAUCAGUACCCAUUCUGUAUUUGAUUCAUCAAACCACCUGCAUGACGUUGAGGAUGCUUCGGAUUGUGGUUCUACCUUGGACGGUUCAGUCGGGGUCGCAACCAAGGCUAUUAUUCGUGAUGAGGUUGAGGUUGAGGUUGAGGCCUCGGAACUUGAGGUUAAUUUUGAGUGCGGUUUAAGCGAAGUAAUGGCGAAGGAUUCUAUCGACAAAAACCGGGUUGGAGGACGUUUUGUCCAUGUCAACAGAAUCGUACACAACAAGGCCACUAGUGUCUCUGAAGCGUCGAUCUAUGAGAAGAAAAGCUUUCUAAAUAGGUCCGGAUUAUUCCAACUGCACGAUGAUGAGGAACUUGUGACCAAUCAGUGGAAUCGUAUCCCGCUUCUUGUAGCCUUUUACUCAGGCGCCGAGGUUUACCACCCUCCUACACGUACCCGAUCGCGACUGCGUUCCGGCAAAGUCUGGCAAAAGCCUUUGCCUUUGCCCUGCCAAAAGCCAGACAAAUACAACUAUUUUCGCGGUGGACGCACCACUUCCCCACCUGCCACUUUUGCAAUUAUGCAGAUCUUCCUUGGAACUAGCUCUGAGAUCGCAACCGCUUUAAAAUUUCAGUAA